UUACACUUGGCCGUUGCAAACGGAAACGUUGAUUUACUAUCGAUGCUCGCCUCGGAAGACUUACCAAUCGAUGUGAGAGAUGCGAAAAACAGGACUCCGCUUCAUCUUGCCUCUAUGCUGAGCUAUCAAGAUAUGGUCCGCCACUUGAUAUCGAUGAAGAUAGACGUCAAUGCAAAGGAUGUUGUCGGCCGUACGGCUUUACAUUACGCAGCUCUUAUGGGUCACCUGGAAAUCCUAUUGGAGAAAAAGGCAUCCUCUAAGAAGUAUAAUAAGCUCGGGGACAUGGCCCUUCAUAUCGCCAUCCGGAAUGCGGACGAAUCCAUUGUUCGAUUGAUAGCCGCAGCAGAGGAUGUGAAUCUAGAGGCGAGAGCGAAAAAUUCCUUUACACCUCUUCUCUUAGCCGCUGAUUGCGGUCACUUGGUUAUAUUAAAGCACCUUCUCGGCCGAGGGGCCGAAAUGAACGUCCGCGCACUCAAUGAUAUAACACCUCUGCAUCUAGCGGCAGAGAAGGGGCAUGUGGCUCUCGCUGAGUUUCUGAUCCAAAACGGGGCGGAAAUCGAUUACUUGGGUAAUGCGGCGUCUCGACCAUUACAUCUCGCAGCUGAAGCUGGCCAUUUAGCCCUUGUCAAGAUGCUUCUUCAGUAUAAUGCAGACAUCCAGGGCCAGGGUGGUGGUAGUCGGACUCCGCUCAUCUUUGCUUCUGCAGCUGGCAAUGUGGAAACCGUGAGGUGUCUCGUAAACCACGGAGCGAGGCCAAACCAGAAAGAUUCUAAUGGCCAGACGGGAUUAAAUGUUGCUGCCCAGCGGGGCUACCGACAAAUAAUCGACAUUCUUCUUGAA